UACAUAUUCUGUUGCAACAAGUAAGAAUUUCAUUGUCCUAUCUGGGACACAUGACAAUAAAACUCUCUUGACUUAUCGUAAUGAUAGUAUUGCAAGUUUUAACAAUUAAUCAUCGAAUGUGUGUACUUUCUUUUGGGGGUGGGAUCCAGUGCGAAACAACACAGCUUUGAGAGCUGAAGUUUCGGGGGAACUUUGUUCAAAACUUUGCGGUUUGGCUUCAUUCCCGGCGGAGCUGCGUGACUUUCGGAAAGGCAGCAGCCGAAAACAUGAACGCCGUCAGCCGCCGGGGUUCCAUCUUGCUUGGCUUGUUGUGGGCCGUCGUGCUGGGAAAGAUCCCUGACCCACAAAACACGACUAUUAAUCUGGUCGAGUGGAAGCGUGUCCUCAGAUGGAAUCCAGUCUUUUUCCAAGAUGGUGCAUUGACAUACUCUGUUCAAAGAUCUUUCGAAAGAAGAGCCAACCGGACAUGGAUUGAUGAACAGACCUGUAAGCACAUCACGGAGACAGAAUGCUUAUUGUUGGACAGUCUCACUUUCCAUGCUCCAUAUGACCUAAGAGUGAGAGCAGAAUAUGGAAAUGAAACUUCAAAUUGGGUUAAAGCAGUGUCUACACCGAAAAAUGUGACCGUCAAUUCUUACAAUAUGAAGCAUGUUGUGAAAUGGGAUCCAGAUGUUCUUCAACUUGGUCCGGUGACCUACUCUGUUCAAUUUCAAGGAAACUUUGAAAGAAGUAAUGGAGAGAACUGGACAGAUGCAUUGAACUGCACCCGCACUGAUGAGACGGAAUGUGACUUGUUGGACAGCCUUGCGUUCUACGCAACGUAUUAUCUGAGAGUGAGAAUGGAGUAUGAAGGUGGAACGUCAGAAUGGGUUGAAAUAAACCCUUUUUGUCCAUACAAAGACACGGUGAUUGGUCCUCCAUCGGUGGAAGUGCUGUCAGAUGCAGGCGUGCUUCAUAUCCACAUUUCAGACCCAAUCCGUGAGGAUGGAAUAUCCCUUCGAUACAACUAUCUGGAUAUUGCUUAUGAAGUAUAUUACUGGGAAAUGAAUGACAAUGGAAAUAUGAAAGUGCGUAAUCUAACUGUCACUUCAUCCACUGUGCUGCUGGACCUCAAACCGUGGACCACAUACUGCCUGGAAAUUCAGGCCUCUCUAUUGGACGGUACAAAGCAAGGGCUGGCCAGCCCAGUGUAUUGUUCUGCUGUCACCGCUGAUGCUAAAAGAAGAGCGAUUGAAGUUGUCCAGGUCCUUUUCAUAGCAUUGUUUGCAGUUUUGGUGAUAACGUUGGGAUGUUUUUUCUUCGUGAGCUAUGUACGCAAAGUAGUCAAACACCUAAUGUAUCCAUCCUACAGUCUCCCGAAUCAUAUAAAAGAGUACUUGACUGAACCAUCUCAUCAGCCUGCAUUUCCAGUGGUGCAUAAAAAUGAUCUUCAGGAGGAUCACUGGGACAAGCUUUCCAUUGUGUCACAAACAGAAAUUACAUCAGUGCUACUAAAUUCAACUAAAGCGAAUAAAACAAAGGUGGUCCGAGACCCCACUGAGUCUGUCGUGGAGAUUCCUAAUGAAGACGAUGAUCUGCAAAGCAGUCAAUCAAGUGUAGAUUCUGGACAUUAUUCAAAUGGUACACAGGAUUCUUCCCAUGGAAAUCCACAAAGCAUAGAUGACACAUCUAAAUCGUAGGAUUGAAAAAUGUUUGGCGGAAUAUCAUGAACAUUCCCUUUGCUUCCUGAAGUUGACUUUGUGAUGCACUAGGUGUACACACAUGCAUUAAAGGAAUUAGAACUGGGUACUGUUGGAUUCUACAAUAUUUUCAUUGCAUAGUAAAGUGCAUUUAUGAAUUGACAUAAGUACCAUCAGACAGCUGACAUUUUGAAUAGUUGGACGUGCACAGCCAAGUCCCUGAUGAAUUUUCUGUCUGAAAGUAUUUGCCUUCAAGAUGGUUAUUUUGUCGCAGAGAAAGACUUGACAGAUUUGUCCAAUUUAGUUCUCUUCAAACAGGAAAUAUUGGACAAACAAUAGCUCAGUUAAUGUGACAAUUCAACUUGUUCAACUUUAAUGUAAAUUCAACUUGAAUGUAAAUUGGUUUGCUCAAUGGUACUGUGCACUUUAAAAUUCCUUUGUGGUUUUGUACAGUGCAAUUCAAUAUAACAAGAAGAAAGUGACUCCACUUUUGACAAGCAACAUCUUGUAUUUGACUUUAAGGAGACUGUGCCCAUGCACAAGGGUUCAUUUGGUCUUCUGUAUAUAUCCUGUGAUUAUAAAAUUGUGGAGAAGUAUAUUCAACAACAUUGAUACUGUUGGUUGUUAGUUCCUGAUCAUAAUGGUUAAAUGGAGGUUUUCGAACUACCCGGACUGAAAUGGCAAAUGUCCUUCAUAGUUGUGUCACAGAGACAAUAAUCAGUACGAUCAUUAAUAAUUGUCUUGGCCAUCAGGAAGAGAAUAUUUUGUUGUAUACUUGGCCUUGUUGAGUAAGUCCUGAUGUGAUCUACAGAAUUUUUAUUAAUACAACUUUAUGAAGCAGCAGUAAUUCAGUCGUAACAAAGCCAACCCCCAACUUUCCACGUUUCCAUGUAAGAAAAGAGCUGCAAGUGGUUUUGCCACUUGGUGGAAUCUGAUAUAAUGGGAUUGUGCAGGUUCCCCGUACAUAUAAACAAGCCAGGUAACGAUUUGUCAUCACCCAAAUUGCCUGGAUUAAUGAUUUACAGAGGUAUCUGUUAACAGGAAAUAGACUUGUGUCAUUUUACAAAUUAAUAAAAGAUACAAUGAUUAAAGUAAUGAAUGACCUUUGGCAGAUCGUUACCUGGCUUGUUUAUGAUAUGUAUGGGGAACCUGCGCAAUCCCAUUAUAUCAGAUUCCACCAAGUGGCAAAACCACUUAUUAUGCUGUUAACUUGUCAAUGCUCCAGAUGGUUUAUUGAUUAUAUGAUGCAUAGAUUAAUUUUGUGUUGAUACUUGCAAACAUCUUUAGUUUUACUAUUUCUGUUUUGUGUGAGCUGUGCAAAUACAGUCUUGUUUUUAUGAAUGUGAAAUUAGCUUUGAAAUUGAAAAUAAAAUGCUUUUCUAUACAAUGUUAUAGAAAAUUU